UGCAUGUCAUUAGUACGAAAUGAAAGGAUUUUCCGAUUUUCCCAACGGACGCUGAACGCUUUUCCCCCUCGAAAGUCAGCGGAGACGCGCGUUUCUUGCAAGUUUGGCUCUUUGCGCCAGUGAGGUUUCCUGAGACUUCCGACGUCUGUGUUUGUAUGUGUGUCUGUGUGAUCAGCUGAGAGGAUAACGCCGCACUAUCUGUUGCCACUCGUUACUGUUGGUGGCCGUCACAAAGCCUGGCCGUCCCAAGGCAGUUCGCCCACAAAAGAUGCCCAGGAUUUCAUGACUAUGAACAAAUCCGAAGAAGUCUGUACCUACAGAGAUACCAGCCAAAAUAUUUAUGCAUCAGUGAAGAAACCCGCCUAUUUCGAGUAUGAUAUUUCCGAUGACAAGCCUGUAAAGAAAGAGAAGAAAUGGUCCUUUGGAAAUCUCUUCAGGAGAAAGAAGAAGGUGAACGAUUCCAGCAGUGAUGAUGAAGUGAAGGACAAAAAUAAAAGGAAAUCUGAGAAAAAGAAGAAACCGAUAACAUUCGACCAUGUUGUCAUUGCCCCUUCGCUAAUCAAGCCGGCAGAAGCUCACACCACCACAACAGAAAAGGACGAAGCUCAGUCAGUACUCACAUCUCAAACUAUCUCCAAUCACAGUAAAUCUUCGACUUUCGAAAGCCUAUCAAAGCAUCAGUCUGCGGUUCAGUAUCAACAAACUAGAAUAAAUUCUAAGACAUCGCUCGAUAACUUAAACAGGAAGUCUCGAAAAGAUUUGGCUAAAGUGCGAGCUGAGGCAAGGAGAACCUCGCUGAAUCGCAAUAGUAGUUCUGAUGAGGAUUCUCAGAGGUCAAAUUCCUCCCAAAAAUUCAGGAGCGAUGACAGUUUGUACAAAACGAGAGAUUCGUCUUGUAAUAGGAGAUCUAGAGCUGCAAGAACUGAGAGAUAUCUUAAACGUCAUUCUAGGGAUGGGGAGAACCCUAAUAAUUACUUGAGAAUCUCUAAGUCAGAUGCAGAAUCAACAUUCCUGAGGGUGUCUGACGAUAGUAACAAAUCGCCUAGCGUGAGUCCACAGCUCUACAAAUCGUCGUUUUCUAGUUUAUCUUCACAUACUCCCAGUGUCAUGGGAUUAUCGACCAUUCCACCUAGUCACACCCAUCACGGUAGGUUCAGGGUGAGCAAUUCAACUAGCAAUCCUUCGUACAAACCUCCUUUAUCAAUGAACGACUACAACAGCACUGCCAAGAGCUAUACGUCUCAGAAGAAUAAUGUAAUAUCGAAUAACCAGCGUAGCAUUUCAUUUGAUGCAGAUAUUCAUAGACCUCAUGAACAGGGGGAAGUCAUUUACGCUAAACUAGAACUAGGGAAGCCAAUGACAAAAAAUAUCACUCUUAUGGAUGAUUCGCAAUUGAGAAGAUAUUAUAAUGUUUAUCAACCUCCCGCUCCUCCUCCAAGGGACCCAAAGAGGUUACACGGCUCUCUAAUUCUGGACACUCUGAACCAUAACAGUUUCAAUGAUGUAGUUUCAACGACAAAUAAAUAUAACUUCCCGAAUGAUAUUCCCCUAACACAAGUCAGAAGAAUCAAUUCUGUUAAUCGUCCAGCUUUCAAGUCAUCUUCAGAAAAUCAUAUUCCAAGAGAAACACCAAUUAUAUUAUCUCAAAGACCGUCUUCAACGACUCCUGUUACAAACACAGGAAGUAGUUUAACGGAGAGUAGAAAUCGUUCAGAAAAUUAUCAAUAUUUGACAGACAAGCAACCAAGGAGUAGAAAACCUAUUUUUAUUCAGAACGAUUCGAAGAAACCUAAGGAACCAAAAGAGAAUAUGAAUCAGGGUCAUAGUAUUUCUGUUUCCAAAGAUACAAGUAGUUUUCUCGAACAAUUACAAGCUAAAAAGUCUAACAGGUACAGUCGAGGUAGCAGCCCUCAGAUAUUCAAUUGCGAAACUAAGCUUCAGACAGAGAUAUUCCUUCCAAGUGUUCUUCCGAAAAAUGGUAGCGAAAAGCAGCAAUCCCUGAAUGAUAAUGAUAAAAGCUUGCAACAAAAAUCUCUGGACAUAGUCAACCAGAAUACUAUUGCCGUUGGAGAAGAAUCUUCCAAAACAAAAUCGGCAAAUCUGGAAGAGGCACUAAAUGAACUCGAGGCUAUUUAUAAUAGUUUGAAGCUUGGUGAUGAGGAUUUAUUGGAAAUGGCCGAGAAGAGAGAGAAAGAGAUUGCUACCCAAAAGAUGUUAGAAAGUAAUGGUCAAUACCAUUUGAAUAAUGGUACAAGAGGGGCCUUUAGUGAUUCGGGUUUCAGCUAUGAGCCUUUCGACUCUCUAGAUUCCCGUAGGCGAAGAAGAUACUCGCGAAAAUCUUUGCGAUCCGAUGAUAUGGCUUUCAGAAAGCUCCACAAAUCGGAGAGAGCAGCAACCAUAACAGAUCCCCAGGCAGUGAGUUACCUAUUGACUUCUCCCAUCUACAAAGAUCGGCAUUUUGAUGAAAACUGCGACCCGAACGAGCCAGAUGUAACUUUGGACGAUGUGGUUUAUAGAAACAUCAAGCAGUCAAAUAAGUCGAAAGUACCUGAACAUCCUCCGCCGUUUGGUAUACCCAUAGGUCCAAUAACCUUGGCCGCUAACAGUGACUAUCUUCAUGCUAUUGCUGACGAUGAAUCAGUUAAACCUAGCAGGAUGCCGGAUUUGGUAAAGGACGAUUUGGCAUUCAGGAAUUUACGGAAGGAUAAUACCAAAGAGCCUGCUUUGCCACCAGUGUCGCCCGACGAUUGGAGAAACAACAAUUUGACAAAUUCUCCACCAAGUCCCCUUAACUCAACCAAGGUGGAUUUGUCAGAACUGAGGAAGAAGAGAGCUGUCCGUUCGAAAUCUGCAAAUAUAGGCAGCUUGAUCAGUCAGGAAGUCAUCGACAGAGCUUCUAGAAGAAACGCUCGUGACAAAAAUGCGGAAUACAAAACAUUAACGGAUAUCGCUGAUGCUAUGCAAAUCGCAAGGCAAGUACUUAGGGAGAAAGAGAGGAUGUCCAAUGAUAACAAAAUAGGAUCUUUGAGCGACAAUGACUCCGCAUGUUCGAAAUACUCACGUUUUCGCCAACCCUACAAAAUGAGUAAAGACCAGAAUGUAGCUGAGGAUAAAAAAGAAGUCAAUUCGAACUAUUCACCCAAAGUACAGGAAUUAGAAGAAACUCGAAUUAUUGAUGAAAUGCUUUUAGCUCUGACGAAUAAAGAAGAACCUUCGACAACCAGAAAACGUCAAGUUAAAGAAUCCACGCCAGAUCCCGUAUCAUCUUUCGAAGAUGGAAAGCUCGCACCACUCUUCAAAACAAAUUCCUUCGAAGAUGUACUCACGGCGUUGGCCAUAGAAGCGAAAGAAGCGAGUGAUAAGUUCACUCAAGAAUUGAAAGAACUGGAUGUGAAGAGGCCCGAAGAAGAUGAAGUAUCGAAAAGUAGUUCCGCAGCUUCCUGCAGAAAGCUACUAGAAGCUGCAGUGGAAGUCCAAUCCCCGAAAACAGUCGAAAAAACGAAGGAAGAAGACGAUGUUGUCUUAGAAUCUGUCGCUACGAUAAUCUUCACAAAACAGAAAGCUGUGGAAUCUGAUCAUGACUAUGAGAAUAUUGCAUCCGAUAUAGAAAUGAAAUUGGAGGAAAAUCUAACAAAUGACGGGGCUAUGGUAAAUAUCAAUUCAGAAGAUGAUGAAAAACAGACAAUUAACAAUAUCGAAAAUAAUCAAAUUCAUCCCGAUACCGAGAUUCAAGACAAUGAAUCUCGAGAUACCUCAGGUGAGAAGUGUGUCGAUGUUGUGAUGUACAAUGCUUCUAGCAUAAAUGUUUAUAGUGACAUGAGCUCUACAGACUCUUGUCUGUCGAAUAGUGGCAGCUUUCGUGUCCAUCCCCAUGCAUCUCCUAGCAAUGAAAAAUCAGUAUCGCGUAUAGAGUUGAGUCAGAGUUUGAAGUCACCAAAAUUAGUUUUAGAAACUUCAAAAUUGAAUGAACACCAAAAAGAAAGUUCCAGUGCAUUAUACGAAAUAUCUUACAACAGUAUGCAAGCUUCUUCGAGCCGAAAUUUUUUAGAUGUGAUGAACAUCCCUGAUAACAAUCACAAACCGAUUUGCUUUUUCGAUAAUAAUCCUGCAUCCAUGGCCAUUGCAUGCUCCUAUGGUAUAGCAUGUCUUUAUCAGCUGGCUGCUUUAGAUUUAUUCACUAUUUUGGGCAUCAUACUCGCCAUGUUUACCUUUAUAGCUACCUUAUUUUUUUAGCUUCCAAUCAUUGAGAUUGAAGGAAAUUUUCGAAAAUGCCUCAUUGGGCCACAACCUACCAGUUACAAUUAUUGUUCGAUGCCAAAUAUAAGAAUUAAGUGUAUUGUAAAUACAUGUUGUAUGUUAUGUUGAAAUAUUUAAUAAAUGUAUUUUAGUUAUUGA